CAGAAGAAGACGCCUUGAUUUUUUCGUUCGUCUGAGACCUUGGCUAGGUAAUAAUCAUCUCGGAACUGAAUCUUAGAGCGUUUAAAUCGUUUAAUCGCUUCCUAAUGAUGGAAGAUUUGGGGAAGUGACUGAAACUAGUGUUUGUAUAGUCGUGGAAUUGAGAAAAUACAAAGUUGUUUUUGAAAUUUGUAGCGUGCAGGCGCUCUGCGCUAUCACUUUGCUAUGAUUUACACUGCGCUUCGAUUUAGUUGCCGUCGUUCAUCUGGAUUUGAGGUAUGAUUGCUAACUACCAAAAAUGUGCGUUUGUCUCUCAGGGAAUCAGAAGAUCAGGCUGGUGUGAAUGAGAUGCGAGAAAUAAAUUCUCUAAAAUGGUUGACAAAGAAGGUUUUCGAACAGACUUCUCGAAAACUGAAGAAAAAGCCCUCUCAAACGCGUUUGCACCUGGAUUUGGAACAGGUUGUGUCUUCUUUGAAAAGUCAAUCUGCUAAAGAUACCGUAAGUAGUCAAAUAAUUGUGUUUUCAUUUAUUUCACUGUCUCGAAAGAACAUAUUUCAUGAUUAGGAAUAUAAACGUAUUACCACAAAUGUCGCUAUACGUUUGUACUACUAAAUAUGAUUGUUACGAGCUUUUAUCAAAUAUAAAAAAUGCAACUCGGUUCUCUCUGUUAGCAGUUAAAAGGAAUGUAGGGGAAAAGGGCCUGCAUAAUUAAGGUCUCUGACUAUUUCCCUGAAAUGCAAACUCCCUCACAGUAAAGGUAAUUCUUAAAAUUUCAUCAUGAUGAUAUGUGAUUGGCCAAAGGCUACAUUACACGUGUUGUGUAAACUGCCUUUUGUUGCAAGAAAUCAAGCUAGAUUUAAAGUACUUUUACCUGAAGUUGAUUUUGACUAAUGGUACACAACAUUUCAUUUCAUUCUGUGCCUUAUCAUUUCUGUUGAAUAUUCUUUAACCACUUUAAAUUUUGUAUGUUUAUUGAAGGUCUUGAGGCAGGAUUCUUCAGCAGGUACACCCAAAAUGUGAGUUCUAUGCAUGCGUUCCCCCAUAAAAUUAAUGAACUGUAGGCUGUUGGAUCUGCACUGCACAUAACAUUGCUUAGAAUUACAUGUAAAAUUGUAUGGCAGUAUUGCACAAGGACGAUAUUCUUACCUUUGGUCAAGAAGGAUUCUUAAAGGAUGUGAGAUUUUUUUACAAAAUAGAAAGCUUCCUUGUCGGUUACUUCACUUUCAAUCAGUAUGUUUUUAAUGAUAUUAAUGAUAGUAAUUAUUGCUAUUGUUAAAUUACUAUGUUUUGCAGCAAAAUGACACGUAAGAGAACUCCAACCAAAUUGACAAAUAAUGAAGUUAAAGAAUUUUACAACUUUGUCUUAAACAAGAGAGAUGGAAGAAGAAAACUGAAACCGAAACUGAAAAACCAAGAUGGAGGAAUGGAUGGUGCAACAGAUCAGAGCUCAGAAGCUUCUAGUACAACAGCAGCUAGCUCGGCAGAGUGUGCAUCAACAGAUCUCCCUGUUGCUGGAUUAACAGCAGGUCCUCAGUUGCCAGCACCUGUAAUGAUAACUGUUGAUGCCCAAGGCAAUCCAAUUCAGUUACCUUUGAUGACACCACAGCUUCUGCCAUUAACCGGUGGCACACAGCCUGCUCUUGUGUUUUUCUUGGGGCCAUCUGGCAUGGUUCCUUCAGGAGAUUCUCCACUUGUUUCUAAUGCUAGUUCUAAUGCACCACUUGGAAAUGCAGUGUACUUCACUCAGCCAGUUACUCUGAAUGUCAUUCCUCAAGAUGCAUCCUUAAAUGGAGGAGUUAUAGAGAAAGCUUUGGAACUUGCACAGUUUCAAUCAAAUCCUGAACAAAGUGAUCCUCAGCUGCCAUCGCAGAACAUAACAACAGAGUUGAUGAUCUCAGAGGGAAAUAGCUCUAUUCCCUCCAAUAUAACUAGUUCCAAUUUGCAAGGAUCAUUUCCCAUUGAUCACUCAUUUGGCUCUAUGCCAAAUAUUUCUCAGAAUGUAGUCAUAACACAGUCAGUUGCUGCUGGAGAAAGUGUACCCAUUGAGAAUGUAUCAGAGUCUGUUACUGUGAAAACUUCGCAGAUCAUGCAAAAUCAGGGUUUGUUUGAUUUGCGGCCUAUUUUGGACGAAACACGAGCACAAUUGGCAGAUUCAGCAGAUACCAGUACAGAGACUGCACCAGAAAACUUUGCAGAUGAUGUACCUAAACUUGUUUAUAGGAAAAAAGUCUUACAAAUUCGUGAAGUAAUGACUCAGACAGGUGGUGAAUCAGAGGUGUACAUUGUCAGUGAAAGAAAACUGGAUUGUGAGGAAGAUACACCUGUUGAUGGGCCACUAGAAAAUGAAAAUACAGACAGUAACUCAAAGAAACCAGGUUUGUUUUGUUAUUGUACUUAGUAAUAUGGGAACUAAUUUUUUUGUUGUUUCUUUGUUUAGGCAACAGAACAACUAAAACAUAUCAAAUAAUAGAUGGGAACCCCACCUGUUCAUGUACUCUGCACUCUAUACCCUCUAUCAAAGCCAAGAUCAUAGAUCUGAUAUGAAUUUUUGGGAUUUCAUAAUGUAUAUCUGGUCAUUGACCGAAGGCUGAAUUUCCUCUUUUCUCAGCAAGAGUAAAGCAAUUUGGGUGUGACAAAUGUGACAAGAAAUUUUACACAAACAAUCUCCUAAGACGCCACCAAACCAGUCACCAAGAGGCAAGACCUUUUAGCUGUGAGGUAACAUACUGAAUUUUUUGGUGUGAAUAAUAAUUUAUUUUUUCACAGUUGGCAAAUGCAACAUGGGAAGUCCAGUUGUAUUUACACUGUACACCUGUUUCUUUGUUAUGCUUAUUAAAUUAAGACUACCUGGUACAUAUGCCAAUAAUAAGACUGCAGAUACUAAUUAUCUUGUUUAAGCAGACAUUUUUACUUGAUACUCUCAGAAAACGUAAAAUUAGUGUUUAUUUCUAAAUGAAAAUUGUGAAAUGAAAAUUGUGUUAUGGCUUAAGCAUUGUAAUUGAACAAAAUAAAAAUUUCAUGAUCAGAUGAUGUUUUGCAAGGUACGGUUGAGAAAUUACACAAACCCUUAAAAAGCAGUUACAGCCAUUUCUGUGCUCACCAGCUAUGACAUUUUUCUGUGAAAACCUCAGUGUUGGUCCUUGAGUGUGAAGAAUAAGAUUUCAGCACAACCAAUUUCUGUUUCUUUCAGGAAUGUCAGAAAGGAUUUAGAACUUCUAAUGAGCUCACUAUCCACAAGGCCAUUCAUGUGGAAGUCAAGCAAUACAAAUGCGAAUUCUGUGGAAAAGAGUUUAGGACUAAAGGAUGUAUCAAGUCACACAUCAAGUAUCACAUUGGUGAGAAUCAGAUUUUUGUUUGUUAUUAACCCUUUGAUUCUCCUGUCAAGCUGCUACAGUACAUCCACUGUAUUUCCUUGUAAAUUAGUUUUGAGAAUUUGGUGUUAGAAUAAGGUAAUAACUCUUUCUUGAUAAGAUUGAGCACUUUCAUUGGUUGUUUGCCAGUUAAGAUAUGGAUAUUUUAGGGAGAAGUGACAUGUUAGUCACUUGGAGUGAAGGGAUUAAUAGUUUUUUGUUUUUUUUUUGGAUAACUAUUUGCGAAAGUACGAUUGUUGAUGGAAAGUAGUUCUUACCAAUUGUAACUGCUGGAUUUGACUGAUAAUACAUAUGAAAGGAAAAAUAUUUCUUUCAACUUCAUCAUCGCAACACUGAAAAGCCAUUUUCACCAAAUAGUCUUUACAAAUGCUAGGUUGUUGCACAUAUCAACAGUGAAGUUUUGAAACAAACAAAGUCAAGCAAUGAUAGCAUAUAAAGUUUGCAUCAAUCACAUACAACAAUGAUGGAACUUGAAACUUGGGUAUUAAUUUGUCAGCAUUAGUAGUCUAUCAACUUAAAGUGACUUAGAUGGUCGUUUAACCCUUAAACCUUUUAGUGACUGGUUUUUAAGUCUCCUUACAGUAUCAUGCUUGAAUCUAAUGGAAAGGUCAUGAGAUUUAAGGGAGUGAUCAUUAAUUUUGGAAUUAAACAAAUUUCCUUUUGACUACCAGAAAUUUAAAGAGAACAUUGUGAAGAAUAGGAAUAGUAAUUUUAUAGUUUGUAGGGUUGAUGGUGCCUUUUGUUUCCAGGUGUCACUCCAGAGAAUAUAGUAAGGUAUCAUUGCGAAUAAUAAAAUCUUGGUUCACUUAUCUUUUAGAACAUUUGUAUUUACUGAUCAUCUAAUUUUGAUCCUGUAUUGUUUUUUAAGGAGACAAAAGGCACAAGUGUACAGAUUGUGGCAGAGCAUUUGUCAAAAGUGCAGAUCUCAAACGACAUAUGGCAGGACACAGAAAUGAGAAGAAGUUUGUGUGCGAAGAUUGUGGUUCGGCCUUUACACGUCGAGAUAACUUGAAAGCACAUAGACUCCUGCAUACCAGGGAGUCUGUGGUUACAUGUGACUUGUGUUCCAAGGAGUUCAUCAAUGCAGUUUACUUGAAGAGACAUAUGCACAUACACAAGCAGGCUAAGAAGAAACCCUACGAGUAAGUCAGGUCUCCAUGUAUGCAGUUGUAGGUAACAUCUAAGAAUUGAGAUUUUAUGUGAGGUACUACUACAACACAAUGCAGGCACAGCUACACAUGGAAUUGCUGGAACAAGUAAUUCAAACUUUGAAUGUUUCAGGUGCUAGAGAUAAUCUAUAGAUGUAGGUCUUUGUACUUCAUGGUCUUUAUAUAAGACUUGGUCAUUGUGUUUAUGAGUGCACAGUUUUUCUAAGUUAUUUCCCAAGAUACAGUGUAACACACAAAUGACGCAUUUGCAUUGAAAAUUCAAUUGGACACUUGUUAAACAACUUCCCUCUGAUGGGAAAUGUUGAUGUUUGAAAUGAUCUCAUAGUUGUAAAACAAGCAUCUCACUAGUUGUAAUGCUAGGAUAAUCUGAAAUCAUAGAAGAACUUAAAUCUGUUCAUUAAGUUGUUCUGUAGUUCCAACAUAUGAGUUAACAAAUAAAGAAGUAAGACAAUUUUGAAAUGAAUAAGUUGUCAAAACUGUAGAAUUGUUUGGAAAAUUUUGUAGCUUUAAAAUUUUCCACUUUCUGCGCUUUAUCUAUACAGGUGUCAGUGGUGCCCAAAGACAUAUGAACAGCUGGAGGGAUUGAGACGACACAUUCGACAACAUGUUGGGGAUGAAAAAUUUGUUUGUAAAGAUUGUGGAAAAAAGUUUAUAACCAGCAUCCAACUCAAACGACAUCUUUGGCUAUCACAUGAUCAAGACAGUCCUUACAGAAGAUCUAUUUUGUAGAGACCUAGGAUAUGAACCUUGUGAAAUGAUACUUAGUGAUUUUUUGAAUUUACAUGUACCACCUGCACAUAAAGAUACACCAUUGAACAAAAAGAACGAUUACUUUGAUAAUAGUGAUAAAUUGCUGUUUUGCACCAAAUUUAAAACCCUUUGCAGAGGUUAUCAUAAAGUGUUACAAGUUUGUUUUCCUUACUCAGUACAUAGUACUAAAAAUGGACCACAAAAAUUUGAUCUUUCGGAGGGUGCCAUUACCUCAGUACAUUUACAUCCCAUGGCAUUAAGCUUUCUUAGACAGGCAAGAGUAGUUCACCAAUUACUAGUUUCUGAAAGAUUUUGAUACUAAACAAACAAUAUACUCAAUA